AGUAUCUUUUCAGCUCUGUGAAAAAACCGUUAUGUUAUCCAAGUCUACACGUCAUAAUUACAUUGGUAUCAUUGUCGUAUCUUUGUCUUUGUGUAUUGUUCAGAGUUCUAAUAAUAUAAAAAAAGAUUAAAGGAAUGGAGGCUCUUUUUGUUUUUUUUGACUUAGAAGCAUCACAUGCUGAUAAAUAUUUUGGUGAUAUUAUUGAAAUUGGCGCACAGGUUGAUCCUCGUUUGAUGAAAAAAAAAGUUUUUCAGAGUCUUAUAAAAACUGACCAGAAGUUAUGUUAUUUCGCUUUGAAUAAAUGCAGCAUCAAAGAAAGUGAUUUAGUUAAUCAAAGGUUAUUUCCUGAAGUGUUCACGGAGUUUUUAGACUGGGUUAAAUCAAUGAUUGAGGAAGCCGCAAGUAUUCAUAAAAAGCAGUUUUAUCCAGUGUUAGUGGCUCAUGGUGGUUUUGAAAAUGAUUUCAUGAUGAUUCAAGGGAACAUGCACAGAUUUGGGAUGAACAUCAAUUUAUUAUCAGACAUGUGUUUUGCUGACACCUACUAUUUUGCUAAAAAACUGCGCGAAAAUGGUUUGAAAAUUUUACAAGGCAGUCAACUUUCUAUUAAAGAGCUUUUAAAGAAAAUUUUUCCUCAUCAAAAAUUUCAUGGACUGCAUCGAGCACUUUCUGAUGUAAAGUUUAUGAUAAAAAUUUUUCUAGAAUCACCAUUAAAAGGUCAAUUUAAUGAGAUAGAAAUUGCAGCUUUUAAUAAAACGCAGUUGGACUUUACCUCCCGUGUUAAUAAUAAGGAAAACUGUCGAACGCUAGAAGCUACCAUGCCUGUUGGUUUAGCUAAAGUUACUUAUACCAUGACUUUAAAAAGGUUGUUGCGAAAUGGUCUUACUCAUGAAGGGCUGAUAGAAGUAUUUCAAAAUUCAGUUUCAUUUCAAGAUUUUUAUGACCAAAUGAAAGUCAUAGGUAUCGAGCGUAAAGCUUCAAAGUCUCUUGCUGCUCGACUAUCAUCAAUGGGAUAUGAUUGUAAUGGUAAAGAUAAAAGUACCCUUGAUGCUAAUUCUUCUGGUUACAAAUUGGUUGUUAAGUCUGAUAGAAAAAAGGCAGCAGAUUUUUUUUACAAUAUGUUCUCUGAUGAAUUUUUUUUCGCUCCAGACGAAUACGAAUUUGAGUUCGGUGACUUCGCUAAAGAUGAAAUUCAAUCAAUGGACGAUUAUUUUGAAAAUUUAUUUUAUUCAAAAUACAGGGUUAAAUUCUGCGUUAAAAAGAGAAACAUAGCGAAAGAGAACAGAGAUUACAAAUAUGCUCAUAUAAACGAGUCAGUUAAGCAGCAAAAUUUACAAAAAUCUAGCGAAGACUGUGAAAAUUGGGAAACAGAUAUCUUGCCUUUUGAUGUGGAGUUUGAGUUGCCAACUAACCGCGGACGAUUAGCAAAGGUUUCUUCUAUAGGUAUGACAGAGGAUUGUUUAAAUGGUCGCAGCUACUCAGCGCGAGUUCCUCUUUUUAAGCACUUUGAAGAUAUAGAUUUAAAAGCUCGGCCUUCGGGCGGAAUUCCAAAACCCGUUAAUAAAGAAUCACGCAAGAAAAGAAAUGUCAAGAAAAAAAAUAAAGUACUUGAUGAACUACAUGCUUCUAAUCGUAAUGCAGUUAGAGCUAAUGAUGGUGAAGUAUAUAUUUUACCUUAAACUUUUCAGAGUUUUUUUAAUUGUAUAUAUUUUGUAUAUAUAGGCAAAUAUGCUACUUGAAAACAUAUUUGCUUGCAGCAAGCUAUGCGUAAAUGCUAAUCUUAUCUCUAAUAUUCUUACAUUUUACAUCAUAAAACACAAUAAAACAUGCGUAUUGUUCGACUCCUAAAAUUAAAAAGUUAUCCAAGAAUAUAUAAAAUAUAGACUACAUUAAUAUUGCAAUAAAUAAGAACAUUAAUUUUUUUUUCCAAUUUUCAGAAUCGGAAUAAAAGGUAGCAAUUUUUAUUAACGAUUUGACUCGAGAAACAAUUCUAAUAAGUUUAUAUUUGUUUUAUGUUUAUUCGUGCAAACUUAGUUUUACCUUAAGUUCAGAGAAACCAAUUAACACGUUUGGUUAUAUUUUCAUUAAGACGUCUGCGUCUCGUACAAUUUUUUAUUUUUUUUUGUAUAUAAUUUUAAUAAUGUUUGUAAAAUUCUAUUAUCUAUAAAAAAAAAGUUGUGUUAUUGUUA